ACCCUAAAACCCCAACAAAGGGGCGAAAAUGGCACUUUCAAUUCGUUUCAAUUCCUUGGCAAGAUUUCUCCUUUGCACUCUCUAUCAGAAUGGAAGAAGACAUGGGGUUACUUUUAUUGGAAGGAAUGCACUCUUUCUUCUGUAGAUUUUGAACCUGAUGAACUCCAUGACAAGGGUGAAGCGAAACAGAAAGAUAAUGCGCUUCGUUUGGCUCUCACCCAGCUUGCUGGUGAAUUUGGUAGAGAGUCUAUGCUGUCAUUGCAGCGGUUUUUCAGCUCACGAAGAGCUUCUAUUAUAUCAACAGGCUCGUUGAAGCUUGAUCUUGCACUUGGAAUUGGUGGAUUACCGAAGGGAAGAAUGGUUGAAAUCUAUGGGCAAGAAGCUUCUGGCAAGACAACUAUUGCACUUCACAUUAUCAAGGAAGCUCAAAAGCUUGGAGGAUAUUGUGCAUUUCUUGAUGUAGAGAAUGCUAUGGAUCAUUCACUUGCUAAAUCAAUGGGUGUAAACACAGAAAAUCUUCUUAUUUCACGUCCAGAUUGUGCUGAAAAUUUGCUCAGUGUAGUCAACACUCUGACUAAAAGCGGGUCUGUAGAUGUUAUCGUGGUUGAUAGUGUUGCUGCCCUUGUUCCUCAACGUGAGAUUGAUACUGUGGUGGGAGGCUCCUUUGAAGAUGUACAAUCACGAUUAAUGACCCAAGCACUUAGGAAGAUCAAUUAUUCAUUGUGCCAAUCUCGAACUCUUAUUAUUUUUCUUAAUCAGGUUAGAACAAGUUUAAAAUCAGGACGUGCAGAAGAGGUCACCUGUGGUGGAAAUGCCUUGAAAUUCUAUUCGGCAGUACGUUUGAGAAUGAUCAGAACAGGACUGCUCAAGACUGGGGACAAGGUUACUGGUCUUGGGGUGUGUGCACAAGUCGUGAAAAAUAAAUUGGCUCCUGCUAUGACAAAAGCUGAAAUUGGGAUACAGUUUGGGAGAGGCUUUUGCUUUGAAUCUGAGGUCUUGGAAUUAGCUUGUGAGCAGAGUCUCAUCAAGAAGGAAGGAAGCAGCUAUGUCAUUGGCAGAGAGGUAUUUAGCAAUGAACAUGCAGCUGAACAGUAUUUAAUUGAAAAUGAAGGGGUUCUUGAUCAAAUAGUUACAAAAUUAAGGGGAAAAUUAUUUCAAAGGAAGAUGUGACUGUGGUAGACCCUUUGAGAAAAUGAAUUGCUUAAAGGAUGCACAGCUAAAAUCAAAACAUAAGCGGUUCCAAAUUGGUUACUAUCUACAUAAACCGGAAAAGUAGCCAUCAAAGAAUUUCAAUCAUCAGUGGCACUGGAGCUUUAUUUGUGAGACAACUGUGCAUUCACAGAAGCAAUAGUAUUGGAUGAUCUUUGCUGGUCGGGCAGAUGAGAUGGUCAACGAUAGAAACCAUUUCUCCGAUAAGAGGCUGACAAGUUAUUCUUGGAAGAUUAUAUGUAAGCCUAACUCUCCCCCAAAGCCUGUGUUCACCAAUGCUUGUUGUAUCUUUCUUGCUUUCACUUACUGUGAUUAGUUAAAGAAUUAGUCAAGUGAUUGCAACUAACUAGAUUGCAAUUUAAGACCAGCCAUUCUUCCACUGCAAAGUUGUAAAAUAGUUAUAUACUUUAAUGUGAUUUUCUCAGACAUGCUUCUUGAUUCAGUAGUCUGUACUAGCUUGUCUUUAACAUACAUCCACAUCCUCCACGAACAACAGUGAUAUACUUAAUCAUUUCUUAUGUUAAUGUAACAUUUCGUUAGUUUCGAGUCA